AUGCGUUCUGCUCUGAUCUUUGGGCUUUUGUUUGUUGCGGUGGCUGUGUUGGCGGAAAAGGAUCAGAUUGAUGAGAUUGAGGAAGAAAAUGGAAGUGGAGAGGUGAGUUAGAAAAAAUUAUUCACAUCAACAGUUAAUUGUUUAUUACCUUGUUCUGAUUUUUUCAAAUUUUUUAGUUAGAACUUCGAAAAUGUACUUUUCCGUAUUUGAAAAAAUUAGUUCACAGUUGGUUGGUUAAAAUAAGUGUUCAUAGUUCGGCUGUCUCUAAUAAGUUCUCAAAAUUGUGUCUCUCUAAACAACCUCGAUACUCGGAAAUUAAAAAGUGUUACUAGAAAAUCAUGAAUGAACUUUUGAAAUUAGUUUCCAAAUUGUUGAGUUAUGUUUUAUUCCAAAUCUAAGCAUCUAUUGAAAACCACAAAAAAUCUAAAAUUCACCAAAAAAUACAUUCCGGAAUUGUUCACUUGAUCUAUCUAGCAAACACAUGUUGCUGAUUGACAUCUCAAAAAUCAUUUCACUCAUCACAUCACUAAUUAACAAAAACAAACAAUCCUCAAAAUAAACAAAUGGUGUCUUCAGAUUGCUCGCGAAAAGCGUCAAUGUUCAUGCGCUUCAUCUCAAUCCGCUCAACCAACCUGUUCAUGCAAAAGAAUCGCCUACACUCAACCUCAAAAAUUCUCGUGUUCUUGCCAAAACUCUGCGCCAGUUCAAAAAACAUCCUCUUGCUCGUGUGGAAAUCAAAAUCAAAAUCAAAACAAUUAUCAAAGCCAAAGCCAACAAACUAUCCAAGUUCAAUCAUCUCAAUGUGCACCAGCUUGUCAACAAUCUUGCCAAAAACAGUGUUCGGCUCAGCCACAGUAUACUAACCAAUGUCAGCAAUCUUGUCAAUCAGCUUGUACAACUUCGUGUGUCCAAAGUUUUACACAACCAGCUACAACCACACAAUCACCAACUCUUAUCACAUUGAAUUUAAAAAUCAGUUGUAGCCAGAAAUGCCAAGAUCAAUGUUCGCAACAAAAUCAGCAAUGCACAACUCAAUGCAAUCAGCAAUGUGGAACAUCUCAAAGUUGCCAAAACCAAUGUGCUUGUCAACAGCAACAAAUAUCUUGCAAUAAUCAAUGUGAUGUUCAAUGCAACCCAACAACCACGACUACAAGUACUACACAAGCCCCAGUGACUCAAAUUAUCACAUUGAACAUCGCAGUUAGCGCAACUUGUCAAAAACAAUGUCAAGAUCAAUGCGGAACUCAACCAGAAUGUAAUCAAAUGUGCACAACAGCUUGCACAAAAUGUCAAGCACAAUGCUCGAAUCAAUGUCAAACUGCAAGCCAACAAUGCCAGAAAUGCACAAAUCAAUGUCAAGAAAAUCAACCAACUUAUAUCCCAGUUACAACCACGACACAAGCUCCAGCUCCAAAAAUCGUCACAAUUUUAUUGCAAACAACAUUGAAUCAAGCUUCGGAUUGUAACAAUCAAUGUCAAUCAACUUGCGAACAGCAAUGUGUUCAACAAAAUCAGCCAACUCAGCAAUGCUCAUCAGCUUGUUCGAAUACUUGUCAACGAGCUUGUGAUCAACAAUCUCAAACUCAAACUCAAACUCAAUAUCAACAACAAAUGCCAUGCCAAGAACAAAGUGCCACGAGCCAAACUUGCACUUGUCAACAGAACUACACACCGUGUGGAAAUGGACAAUGCUGUCGAAAAUAA